AUGGUAUGGUAUGGCAGAUACAUCGAUGAUAUGCUCCUUAUUUGGAGCGGCGAUGUGUCUGCCAUACCGGACUUUGUCGAGUAUUUACAGUUGCAAGAAAAAGUUGCACGCCUUCAACGACCAGCUGUUGAUGCUUUUGGAAAAGAAAUAUCAAAAUUAAUUUUGAAGACACCAAGCAGCUUCCCAAAUAUACCAGUGUCUCUGAAGAAAAUGUUAUGCACAAAAUUAGGAAUGAACACAGCUCAUGAUGUCAGAGAUACUGAAAUGCUUACCAGCCAAGAGUUAUUUUACUUUUCUCAAGUUGAGGACAAACUUCAAAAAGCAAUGUGUAUGCUCCAACAAGAUGACUGGCAGACUGAAACACGCCAGGGUAAUGAUGACUGGAUUGUCAGCAAAACAUUCCCUAGAAUGGGAAAGGUAUUUCGAGCGGAAGCAGUUAUAGACUCAUCACCAGAACAUAUUUAUACUCAACUUUUUGAGAAACUUGACCAGAUGGAUCAGUGGAACCCAAACAUCAGUAAAGUGCAGAUUCUUCAACAAAUUGGAAAAAAUACUCUAUUGACAAGAGAAAUCACAGCACAGAUUCCUGCAAAUAUGGUCAGCCAGAGAGACUUUGUCAGUGUACGACACUGCUACCGAAAAGGAUCAUCACUGUAUAUUAUUGGAACUGCCAUUGAUUCUCAAUUAAUGCCUCCUCAGAAGGGAAUAAUACGGGCAGAAGCUGGUCUCACCUGUAUUGUUCUCCGGCCCAUUGAUGGUGACAGUGGAAAAACUCAUUUCACAUGGCUUCUGAGCUUAGAUCUUAAGGGCUGGAUACCACAGUCUGUGACUGACCAAGCCUUGUCACGGUCACAAGCGGAUUUUAUUAAGCAUCUGAGGAGACAUCUGUCAUCAAAAGAAAACAUAUUUCAGCAUGUUAAAGCAACUCCAUGA